GGAUACGUGUUCUAGUGGUUUAUGAUAUUUACGAGAAAAGUAUUAGUUUAGUACAAAUACAAUAGAUUUUACUUUAUAAAACGAUAGCCACGCACUUUCCUAUUUUAAGUGAAACAUUGUUAAUGACAGUCAUUUCUCAUGAAUAAGAAAAGUUCUUGAACUGACGGCAACAUAGACUUUCACCAUGGAGGACGCUCACACGAAAUCCGUGGAAGAAGUCUUAUCAUAUUUUGGAACAGACCCAGACAAAGGCCUUAGCCCAGAUCAAAUCAAAAGGAACCAGGAGAAAUAUGGCCCAAAUGAACUGCCCACAGAGGAAGGCAAAAGUAUAUGGCAGUUAGUCCUGGAACAGUUCGAUGAUCUUUUAGUCAAGAUUUUGUUGUUAGCCGCUAUUAUUUCUUUCGUAUUAGCUUUAUUUGAAGAACACGAAGAUGCCUUCUCGGCCUUCGUGGAGCCAUUCGUUAUUUUACUUAUUCUUAUUGCGAACGCUGUAGUAGGAGUAUGGCAGGAAAGAAAUGCCGAAUCCGCCAUCGAAGCUUUAAAAGAAUACGAGCCCGAGAUGGGUAAAGUGGUCAGAGGAGACAAAUCGGGCGUACAGAAGGUGCGCGCCAAGGAGAUCGUCCCCGGCGACGUCGUCGAGGUCUCCGUCGGCGACAAGAUCCCCGCCGACAUCCGCCUGAUCAAGAUCUUCUCCACCACCAUCCGUAUCGACCAGUCCAUCCUGACCGGUGAGUCCGUCUCGGUCAUCAAGCACACUGACGCCAUUCCCGACCCCCGCGCCGUCAACCAGGACAAGAAGAACAUCCUCUUCUCCGGCACCAACGUCGCCGCCGGCAAGGCCCGCGGCAUCGUCAUCGGCACCGGCCUCAACACUGCCAUCGGUAAAAUCAGAACCGAGAUGUCCGAGACCGAGGAGAUCAAGACCCCCCUGCAGCAGAAACUCGACGAGUUCGGUGAACAGCUGUCCAAGGUCAUCUCCGUCAUCUGCGUCGCCGUCUGGGCCAUCAACAUCGGACACUUCAACGACCCCGCCCACGGAGGCAGCUGGAUCAAGGGCGCCGUCUACUACUUCAAGAUCGCCGUCGCUCUGGCCGUCGCCGCCAUCCCCGAGGGUCUGCCCGCCGUCAUCACCACCUGUCUCGCUCUCGGCACCAGGCGCAUGGCCAAGAAGAACGCCAUCGUCAGGUCUUUGCCCUCCGUCGAGACCCUGGGUUGCACCUCCGUUAUCUGCUCUGACAAGACCGGUACUCUGACCACCAACCAGAUGUCCGUCUCCCGCAUGUUCAUCUUCGAGAAGAUCGAGGGUGGCGACAGCAGCUUCCUGGAAUUCGAAAUCACCGGCUCCACCUACGAACCCAUCGGCGACGUUUACCUGAAGGGCCAGAAGGUCAAGGCUUCCGAGUUCGACGCUCUCCACGAGAUGGGCACCAUCUGCGUCAUGUGCAACGACUCCGCCAUCGACUUCAACGAGUUCAAGCAGGCCUUCGAGAAGGUCGGCGAAGCCACCGAGACCGCCCUGAUCGUCCUCGCCGAGAAGAUGAACCCCUUCAACGUGCCCAAGACCGGCCUCGACCGCCGCUCGUCCGCCAUCGUCGUCCGCCAGGAGAUCGAGACCAAGUGGAAGAAGGAGUUCACCCUUGAAUUCUCUCGCGACAGGAAGUCCAUGUCCUCUUACUGCACCCCCCUGAAGCCCUCUCGCCUCGGAAACGGCCCCAAGCUGUUCGUUAAGGGCGCUCCCGAGGGCGUGCUGGAGCGCUGCACGCACGCUCGCGUCGGAACCUCCAAGGUGCCGCUCAACUCCACCCUGAAGAACCGCAUCCUGGACCUCACCCGCCAGUACGGUACCGGCCGCGACACGCUCCGCUGCCUGGCCCUCGCCACCUCCGACAACCCGAUGAAGCCCGAAGAGAUGGACCUCGGCGACUCCACCAAGUUCUACACCUACGAGGUCAACCUCACCUUCGUCGGCGUCGUCGGCAUGUUGGACCCUCCCCGCAAGGAGGUGUUCGACUCCAUCGUCCGCUGCCGCGCUGCCGGCAUCCGCGUCAUUGUCAUCACUGGCGACAACAAGGCUACCGCUGAGGCUAUCUGCAGACGUAUUGGCGUGUUCACUGAGGAUGAAGACACCACCGGCAAAUCCUACUCUGGUCGCGAGUUCGACGACCUGCCCGUGUCUGAGCAACGCGCUGCCUGCGCCCGCGCCCGCCUGUUCUCCCGCGUAGAGCCCGCUCACAAGUCCAAGAUUGUUGAGUUCCUCCAGAGCAUGAACGAGAUCUCCGCUAUGACUGGCGACGGUGUGAACGACGCGCCCGCCCUGAAGAAGGCCGAGAUCGGUAUCGCCAUGGGCUCCGGCACCGCCGUGGCCAAGUCCGCCGCCGAGAUGGUGCUCGCCGACGACAACUUCUCAUCCAUCGUCGCCGCUGUUGAGGAGGGCCGCGCCAUCUACAACAACAUGAAGCAGUUCAUCCGCUACCUGAUCUCAUCCAACAUCGGUGAAGUGGUGUCCAUCUUCCUGACCGCGGCGCUGGGGCUGCCCGAGGCGCUGAUCCCGGUGCAGCUGCUGUGGGUCAACCUCGUCACCGACGGCCUGCCCGCCACCGCGCUCGGCUUCAACCCGCCCGACCUGGACAUCAUGGACAAGCCCCCCCGCAAGGCUGACGAGGGUCUCAUCUCUGGAUGGCUGUUCUUCAGGUACAUGGCUAUCGGCGGCUACGUGGGCGCCGCCACCGUGGGCGCCGCGUCGUGGUGGUUCAUGUACUCGCCGUACGGGCCGCAGAUGACCUACUGGCAGCUCACGCACCAUCUGCAGUGCCUCGGCGGCGGCGACGACUGGAAGGGCGUCGACUGCAAGAUCUUCACUGACCCUCACCCUAUGACCAUGGCUCUGUCCGUACUGGUCACCAUCGAGAUGUUGAACGCCAUGAACUCCCUCUCCGAGAACCAGUCGCUGGUGACCAUGCCGCCCUGGUCCAACCUGUGGCUCGUGGGCUCCAUGGCUCUGUCCUUCACCCUUCACUUCGUCAUCUUAUACGUCGAGGUCCUCUCGGCCGUGUUCCAGGUGACGCCGCUGUCCAUCGACGAGUGGGUGACGGUGAUGAAGUUCUCCAUUCCCGUGGUGCUGCUGGACGAGGUGCUCAAGUUCGUCGCGCGCAAGAUCUCCGACGGUGAGCGCAACUGGCUCAACGGCAUGCAGUGGAUUGUGCUCAUGUGGGCCGUGUUCUUCGGCCUAGUGCUCUACGGCCCGCUAUAGGCCCAGUGUGCCCCUCCAGCCCGCGCCCGCAGCGCACGUAACCUCCCAACCGACACGCGCGCUGCCCACAACCCCCCUUAUAUUCGCCCCUUUUGGGCCCCAGCUGACACUAGUCAAUCUCCGCGUUUCUUAAAACUGUACAACCCCCGUUUGUGGGGUCGGACUGGCCUAGCUUAGUACUUAGUUAUUUGUAUAAAUUUUGUAUUACUGAAGUGGGUAGCGCGCGGUUUCCCACUGUGGAACCCUCGGACACUGAGCUCGGCUCACCACAGUACCUAACGGUUUGAUUGAAUGCUAAUCCCAGCACCGAGUGGAGUGACGCGUGCACGGUGUCGGAGAGACGUUAGCGCCGCGCAGCCUGCCGGCGGGCCGACGGCGGUAGAUAUGUGCGAGACAAUAACUAGUUUGGAGCUCAUAUACACGAGGAACCAUUUUACUUUCCUCCCCGAGUGAAGUGGCUGUGAACACCUUCAUUGUAAUUAACACCAAAUAUUGGUUAACCGAUUUAAAAAUAUGAGUUAGUAUUUUAGUUACUUAUGAUUAUGAUCUUCGUGCCGUGUUAGGAAGCUCCGUUUUGAAAAUAUCUCGGCUCGCACGCGGCUCAGUACCUUGUCCCUGUGGACUGCAGACAUAAUUAUAUUCAACUUUACUAUAAUAUAGUAAUGUGCAUUGUUAGCCUAGUGUAAUUUAUUGUAAGUGUAGGGUUAGGGUCGUGGUAACACUAUGUGCUCAGGGGAAGUAUAUUCGUGCAAGGAACUCUCUCUGUCCUGUCACCUUUUGCUCGCUUGUUAACAUUUAUUAAUGCAUUUCUCUAUUCUUACUACAGAAUGUAUUCCAGAACGCAUUUUGCCGCCGAUUUUGUAACACUUAUGAUAACAUGAAUGUUUUGAUGUUUGUUUAACCGACUACACAGUGACAUUUAUUUCGAAUGAUAAUUUGUGAUAACUUUUUUUUAAUACAAAAUGACACAUGAGAAAUGUUUUGCUGAAUGCCACCAAAUACUAUGUAAACUCUACGAGUUAAUACGUGCAGCUUAGUGCCAAAGUUGGCAACAUGCGAUACUAGCGACCCUAGCGGCAUGAGUUGAUCAAAAUAGUUUCCGUUCAUAC